AUGGCGCCCAGCUCGAAAUCGGAGCGGAACAGCGGAGCCGGGAGCGGCGGCGGCGGCCCCGGGGGGAAGCGGGCCGCAGGUCGGCGGCGGGAGCACGUCCUCAAGCAGCUGGAGCGGAUCAAAAUCAGCGGGCAGCUGUCCCCUCGCCUCUUCCGGAAGUUGCCGCCCAGGGUCUGCGUGUCCCUCAAGAGCAUCGUGGAUGAGGACUUCCUCUAUGCAGGACACAUCUUCUUGGGCUUUUCCAAGUGUGGCCGCUACGUCCUGUCCUAUACCAGCAGCAGCGGGGACGAUGACUUCUCCUUCUACAUCUACCACCUGUACUGGUGGGAGUUCAAUGUCCACAGCAAGCUCAAGCUGGUACGCCAGGUGCGGCUCUUCCAGGACGAGGAGAUCUACAGCGACCUGUACCUGACGGUCUGCGAGUGGCCCAGCGAUGCCUCCAAGGUCAUUGUCUUCGGCUUCAACACGCGCUCGGCCAACGGGAUGCUCAUGAACAUGAUGAUGAUGAGUGACGAGAACCACCGCGACAUCUACAUCAGCACCGUGGCCGUGCCAGCCAUGGGCCACUGUGCCGCCUGCCGAGAUGCUGGCCGGGCCCACCCAGGCGACUCAAGCGCGCAGUGCCUGCGGCACGGCUUCAUGCUGCACACCAAGUACCAGGUGGUCUACCCCUUCCCCACCUUCCAGCCCGCCUUCCAGCUCAAGAAGGACCAGGUGGUGCUGCUCAACACCAGCUACUCCCUGGUGGCCUGUGCCGUUUCCGUCCACUCGGCAGGCGAUGGCAGCUUCUGCCAAAUCCUGUAUGACCACACAGCCUCGCCCCUGCCCCGCCCCAGCUCUCCACUGCCCCAGAGCCCAGAGGUGCCCCCAGCCCUCCCCAGCCUCUCUCCUGAGGCUGCCCCAGUCCGGCCCGUGGGGGCCCCCGAGCCCUCACCCGCCAUCGCCAAAGCCAAGGAGUUUGUGGCCGACAUCUUCCGCAGGGCCAAAGAGGCCAAGGGUGGGCCCUCCGAGGAAGUCCGGCCACCCCCCUGCCCAGGGCCCUCAGGCAGCCGCUGCUGCCCACCUGCAGAGCCCCUGGAGCCAGGCGGGGAGGCAGUGCCCCGGGAUAGCCCCCCUGCAACAGAGCUCCCUGCCCUGGAGCCUGGCUACAUCAAUUAUACCAAGCUGCACUACGUGCUGGAGUCUGGGGAGGGGGCAGAGCCAGAGGACGAGUUUGAGGAUGACAAGAUCUCCCUGCCUUUUGUGGUGACCGACCUCCGGGGCCGCAACCUCCGGCCCAUGAGAGAGCGGACAGCUGUGCAGGGUCAGUACCUGACGGUGGAGCAGCUCACGCUGGACUUUGAGUACGUCAUCAAUGAGGUCAUCCGCCAUGAUGCCACCUGGGGCCACCAGUUUUGCUCCUUUAGCGACUAUGACAUCGUCAUCCUGGAGGUGUGCCCUGAGACGAACCAGGUCCUCAUCAACAUUGGCCUGCUGCUCCUGGCCUUCCCGUCCACUGAGGAGGGCCAGCUCCGACCUAAGACCUAUCACACCAGCCUUAAGGUGGCAUGGGACCUCACCACUGGCAUCUUCAUGACAGUCAGCGUGGGUGACCUCACUGAGGUCAAAGGGCAGACCAGUGGCAGUGUCUGGAGUUCGUACCGCAAGAGCUGCGUGGACAUGGUGAUGAAGUGGCUGGUGCCCGAGAGCAGCGGCCGCUAUGUCAACAGGAUGACCAAUGAGGCGCUGCACAAAGGGUGCUCGCUGAAGGUCCUGGCGGACAGCGAACGGUACACGUGGAUCGUGCUGUGAGGGCCCCCGCCCUGACACUGACUCCAACUACCUCCGCGGCCAGGGUGCCGGCUGCUCCCAGGCUGGCCUCUUCCCGGCCACGGCCAGCGAUGAGGACGACGACGGACAGAUGGACGGAAGACCAGCGCUAGUGUCAGGCUGCGGGGAGGGGGCUGGGCAAGGGCAAUCCCGAGGCCCGAGAGUCUGGAUGCUUCUUAUUUAUGCCUAUUUAAGUUGGGACGGGGCAAGGGGAGGGAGCCCCCUGCCCCAUCAACCACGAGUGCCCACCUCCACCCUAGAUGGGCACCUCAAUUUCUUGUGUAUCUGCCCCCCCCCCAAUUGCAGGUGUGGCCAUUGCCCUGCCCUCCCCACUAGACUCUAUCCCCCCUCCCCACCCUGUGGGAGGCACCUCUUGGCCAUCCCCCCUUUGAUUCUUCUCCACGUAAUAAAUGUUUAUUUCUGAA